CUCCUGUAGGAGGGCCUUCUGCUCCUUUCUGCAUCCGACCAUCCUCCAGUCCUCCUACAACGAGGAAAAGUGCGCAGGAUCUCCCUCCUCAGUAGGGCGAAGGUUCUGUGAAGGCAGUGCGGUGUUUACUCUCAGGCUGUGCGGGGAGCUUCAGUGAGUUUGGGGACUGUUUGAGGGACUUUCAGCCUGUUGUUGUUUUUUUUUUUACUGUGAGCGCUGUGCACUGGGGAGGCUGCUGGAUUCUGUUCUCGGGCGCAAGAGCUGCUUCAGCCAACGUGGGGAAACUUUACCUAAAUCAACGUCUGCUUUUUCUGGACUUUUUUUUUUUUACAAGAAAAAUCGGAGGCAGGGAAAAUAAAAAGUGAGGCGUGACGUCACCCGAUCAUAUAAUUAUUGAACCUCCUCCUCCUUUUUAUUCUCCUCCUACCACUCCCACGUCAUCUAUCAAUAUCGAUCCGGAUAUCGAUCUGUAGAAGAGCACUUGAAGUGGGGGAGGGCAGAUUUUGUGUGUGUUUUUCUUAAAGGGAGAUAAAAAGCUAAUCUGCAGCACACUGAGCAGGAUGGGGCAUCCCCCGCUGGAGUUCAGCGACUGCUACUCGGACAGUCCGGAUUUCAGAGAGAGGAUCAAAUGUUACGAAGGGGAGCUGGAUAGGACGAGCAAGUUCCUCAAGGACGUGAUUAAGGACGGGAACAAUGUCAUAAGCGCCAUAGGAGGUUAUUCCAUGGCAGUUCAGAAGUUCUCUCAGACCCUGCAGGCGUUCCAGUUCGACUUCAUUGGAGACACGCUUACUGAUGAUGAAAUCAACAUUGCUGAGUCCUUCCGUGAGUUUGCUGGUCUGCUACAGGAAGUGGAGGAGGACAGAAUGAUGCUGGUACAGAAUGCGUGUGAUUUGCUUAUUAAGCCACUGGAGAAGUUCAGGAAAGAUCAAAUUGGUGUCACAAAAGAGCGGCGAAAGAAGUUUGAGAAGGAGAGUGAGAGGUAUUAUUCUCAACUGGACAAACAUCUUAACCUCUCAUCCAAGAGGAAGGAGACCCAACUACAGGAGGCAGAUGAGCUUAUGGAAAAGGAAAGGCAGGCAUUCUACGAGUCCUCUGUUGAAUAUGUCUACCAGAUCCAGCAGGUGGAGGACAGUAAGAAGUUUGAUAUUGUUGAACCUGUGCUGGCUUUCCUCCAGAGUAUUUUGACGCUGAAUAACCUAACUGUGGAGAUGACUCAGGACUUCAUGCCUUAUAAACAGGAGCUGCAACUAAGCUUACAAAAUACACGUAACCACUUUGAGAGCACACGAGAGGAAAUGGAGGAACUGAUGAAGAGGAUGAAGCAGCCUAAAUCAGCCCUCAACAGACACGGCCAGCAAUCGACCAUAGAGGGCUACCUCUUUGUUCAUGAGAAAUGGGCACUGGGGAUGACCUGGGUGAAGUAUUACUGUAAGUAUAUGAAGGACAGUAAAGUGCUGGUGCUGCUGCCAACCGAACAGAGACCUGCAACCAAACAGGUUCCCGUAGAGCUAAAUGUGAAGUCUUGCAUUCGCCGUAAAACGGAGUCUAUUGAUAAACGCUUCUGCUUUGACAUCGAGACUCAUGAGAGGCCCAAUGUCACUCUGCAAGCCAUCUCAGAAGCCAACAGGAAGCAGUGGAUUGAAGCCAUGGAUGGAAAAGAGCCGAUUUACCAUUCCCCCAUUCACAAACAAGCUGAAAUGGAACUGAAUGAGACUGGCUUCAAGUUUGUUAGAAAAUGCAUCAACGUCAUCGAGACUAAAGGGCUCACUCAGGAAGGAGUGUAUAGGACGGUUGGCAGCAACAUCCAAGUACAAAAACUGCUGAAUUCCUUUUUUGACUCUAAGUGCCCAGGUGAUGUUGAUUUGAACAGUAGUGAAUGGGACAUUAAAACAAUUACCAGUGCCAUGAAGUUCUAUCUGCGGAGCCUGAGUGAACCACUUAUGACCUACAGUCUUCACAGGGAGCUCAUCAGUGCAGCAAAAUCUGAAAAUCUGGACUAUCGUUCGGGCGCUGUUCACUCCCUGGUAUACAAACUGCCUGAGCAGAACCAAGAGAUGCUGGAGCUACUGAUCAAACACCUGGUCAGCGUGUGCGGCCACUGCAGCGAGAACCUGAUGACGGCGUCGAACAUGGCCGUGAUAUUCGGCCCCACGCUGAUGAGGGCGGAGGAAGAAACUGUGGCGGCCAUGCUGGAUAUAAAGUUCCAGAACAUUGUCAUUGAGAUCUUAAUCGAGGACUACAAGAAGAUCUUCAGCGGCCCUCCGGAGGAAAGCUCAGCACCACCAGUCCCACCCCCAAGGGCAGCACCAAGGAGACGGCAACCAAUCACAAUCUCCAAACGACCACUCAGGACGUACCCCUCCCUCCACCCACCAACUUUCGAGAGAAGAGAGCUAAACGGUGCCGCUCAUAAUGGAGCAGAUUCCGGGGGUGAUCUCAGCUUUACUAGUCCAGUGCCAUAUCAAAGGUCUAAACUGACCCCUCCCACUGUGGCUCCACCUUCCAUCCCGCCUUCCUCCCCUCCGGCACUGCCUCGCUCCUCUCCUCCGUCCCGCGCCCCGCCCCAGCGUUUCUCUGCCUUGCCUAAACCUGAGCCCUCCAGGUUCGCUCCAGUGACAGCCAAUGGGGAGUCCGGAGUGACGAUUGGCCGCACCCAGUCUUUUCAGGCCAGGAAGCCACCACCACCACGAUUCGUCGCAGCAACCAGAGACGCGGAGAGUGAUUGUUUGAAAGGCCGUCCUGUCCAGGAGAAGACUUCCAUAUGCCGCCCCCCUACCCGCCCCCCAGACCCACCUAUGCGCUUCCCAGGCAAUCAGAAAACACCCAGUGAGGACUCAUCAGCAUCGUAUGUCGCUUCUAAAGCCAAGUUUUUUGAGAACGCUUCCAGACAGGCCGGAAGCCCUUCAGCAUCUCCAGCUGGAAACGAACUUGAGCGAAGAUGAGGGUCCUACAUGGAAUACUAACAGCUACAUCAUUGUCAUCGUCAUCAUCGUCAUCAUCAUCAUCAUUUCUGCUGCCCUCAGAGCAUCAUACAAAAGUGUGGAUGCUUUUACCUGGUCGUGAACCCUUUCUAUUGGGCAGGAGUGAGUGUGAGUGUAAGUGUGUGUCUGUGGGAUCCACAGAAAAGCUCAAUGGACCAGAGAUGCGGAAGAAAAGUGUGAGCUACCGACUACAACUGUAGUUCCAAUUACAGGCUCCCCUAAGUCUUAAAACCACACACACACCUAUUCAGACACAUGCAUACACAAACUGGGUUUGACUGGGUAUUUAUGCAUGACUAAGCACUGUAAAUAUGAGUAUUGUGUUCGUUUGUUUGCAUGCAAGUUUUGAUGAAUAGGUUCCACUACCAAAUGUCUGCACUUUUUUUUUUUUUCUAAUCUGAGAAAAAAAUGUUUUUGUUUAAAACAGUUGGCCCACUGCCUGAACCGCCUUGACCUACUUCAAGCACAAUGACAAUUAAGGAAUUAAACUACAGCAUUACUUUCACUACAGCUUUUCCAGCAUGCUAUCAAGCUUUAAACAUGUCUUAUCAAAGGCCAUGUAAAUACAUUGUUUCUUCUUAAACACUUGACGUAUCCAAGUUGCACCCACUUACUUACGUUCUUUCAGUUCUACAGUACUGUGCAAAAUUCUUAGGCACAAACUACACCUGUUUAUUAGCUCUGUUGAACACUAGUAUUUGAAUAAAUACAUCACAUUCAUUAGACAUUCAUACAAUAUUUGAGCUUUUACAUCACUCUGUUCAUUAAAGUCUCUACUUGUGGGAGUCUAUAUUAAUAAUAGCUAUCGUCACAUCAUAUAAACUUUCAAAUUGACAUUCUCAUUUCGAAACAAAAAACUUAACAAACAUCCUAUAAAUAAAAAAAAAAUCACUCCAGUUUCUGAAUCAGUUUCUCUGAUUUUGCUAUUUAUCGGCAGAUGUUUGAGUAAAAUGAACACUGUCAUUUUAUUAUAUAAAUUAUUAAACAACAGCAUUUUUCCCAAAUUCCAAAUAAAAUUAUUGCCAUUUAGAGCAUUUAAUUGAAGAAAAAAGAAAUAAAAUAACUAAACUAAAAUAACAAAAAAGAAGCAGAGCUUUCAGGUCUCAAAUAAUGCAAAGAAAACAAGUUCAUAUUCAUAAAGUUUUAAGAGUUCAGAAAUCUAUAUUUGGUGGAAUAACCCUGUAUUAUAGUCGCAGUUUUCAUGCAUCUUGGCAUGUUCUCCUCCACCAGUCUUACACACUGCUUUUGGAUAACUUAUUAUUUAUAAACACACAGUGGAACAUUAUCAAAACAUAAUUCAUAAACUCAAAAAAAAAA